UAGAGAUGAGCUACCCACUGGACCACCUCUACGGCCACGGCUCCUACCGCAGGGCACCGCAGGGCCUCUCUGCCCGGCCUGCCGCUUCCCUCUCCUCCUCCGGCUUCCACUCCCAGCCCUGGACGACCUCUCAGCGCCGCCGCCAGGCCUACAGCCAGACACCCUCCGCCGACAGCUUGGAGAUCUUUAACGGCGACAUGACUCGGAGGAACGAGAAGGAGAUUCUGCAGACACUCAAUGACCGGUUCGCCGGCUACAUCGACAAGGUCCGUAACCUCGAGCUGAUGAACUCGAAUCUGGAGCAGGAAGCGGCUGCGCUGAGACAGAGCCAGACCGGGCGCGCUACCGUGGGAGAGCACUAUGAGCGCGAGCUGGGGAACCUGAGGGGUCUGGUUCAGCAGCUUACCGGGGAGAAGGCACGCGCACUCUUGGAGCAAGACCACCUGGAAGAGGAUAUCCAGCAUGUGCGGACCAGGCUCGAGGACGAGGCACGCAGCAGGGAGGAGCUGGAAGCCAAGGCACGCCUCAUGAACAAGUAUGUGGAUGAGUCUGGGCUCGCACGGCUAGAGCUGGACAAGAAGCUGAGCGCGCUGCAGGAAGAAGCCGCGUUCCUGAAGAAGAACCACGAGGAGGAGGUGGCGGAGCUGCUAUCACAGAUCCAGGGUGCACAGGUGAGUUUCGAGGCUCGAGACACAAUCAAGGCGGACGUCACGAACGCCCUGCGGGAGAUCCGCGCUCAGCUGGAUGGCCACGCGACCAAGAGCGCAACGCACGCGGAGGAAUGGUUCAAAGUGCGUAUGGAGCGGUUGGCAGAUGCAGCUCACUCUAACACAGAUGCGAUCCGUGGUGCCCAGGAUGAGAUAGCAGAGUACAGACGGCAGCUGCAGAGCCGCACCAUCGAACUGGAGACCCUCAGAGGAACCAAGGACUCCCUGGAGAGACAAUGCAUGGAGACUGAGGACAGACACCAUGGAGAUAUCCACUCACUACAGGAGACUAUUCAUCAGCUGGACGGUGAACUGAAGAGUACUAAGUGGGAGAUGGCCAGUCAGCUGAGAGAAUACCAGGAGCUGCUGAACGUCAAGAUGGCUCUGGACAUAGAGAUAGCAGCCUACAGGAAGUUGCUGGAAGGGGAGGAGACUCGGUUCAUACCUGGGCCAAGCCUGUACUCCUACUCCUCUGCCCACCUGAAGCUGAAGGGGGAGGAGCUCUCAGACACAGUCAUACUGGAGGAACAGACGGAUGAGACACAGGUCACUGAGGUGACAGAGGAAGCAGAAGAUGAGGAAGAGGAAAAGGGAGAGGAGACAGAAAAGGAAGAAGAGGAAGAGGAAGAGGGAGAAAAGGAUGAGGAAGAGGAUGAGACCAAAGCUGAGGCAGAGGAGGGAGAAGGGAAAGGAGUUGAGGAAGAGGAGGAAGGUGAGGAGAAAGAGGAAGAGAAGUCUAAGUCACCUGAGAAGGCUGCUUCUUCUCCAUCCAAAUCUCCCCAAUCUAAGUCUCCCCCCAAAACCCCCCAGCCCAAAUCUCCUGCCCCCAAAUCACCUGAAUCAAAAUCACCCCAAGCUAAAUCUCCCCUCCCCAAAUCACCUGCCAAAUCUCCCGCCCCCAAAUCACCUGAAUCCAAAUCACCCCAAGCCAAAUCUCCCCUCCCCAAAUCACCUGCCAAAUCUCCCGCCCCCAAAUCACCUGAAUCCAAAUCACCCCAAGCCAAAUCUCCCCUCCCCAAAUCACCUGCCAAAUCUCCCGCCCCCAAAUCACCUGAAUCCAAAUCACCCCAAGCCAAAUCUCCCCUCCCCAAAUCACCUGCCAAAUCUCCCGCCCCCAAAUCUCCCACAGCUGUGAAAUCACCAACAUCUACAUCUCCCCCCAGCAAAUCCCCAGAGUCUAAGUCUCCCCCUCCCAAAUCCCCCCUCCCAAAGUCUCCUGAACCCAAGUCCCCCAUCCAGGAGAAGGCCAAGCCCCCUGCAGAAGACAAACUGGCCAAGCAGGAGAAGAAAGAGAAGGAACAACCCCAGCCUGUAAAGGAGGAAAAGAAACAAGAGCCAGAACCCAAGGAGAAGGAGAAGAGUGAGAGCCAGCCUAAAGAGGAGAAGGUUGAGGAGAAGACAGACAAACCAGAACCCAAGGAGAAGGAGAAGAGUGAGAGCCAGCCUAAAGAGGAGAAGGUUGAGGAGAAGACAGACAAACCAGAACCCAAGGAGAAGGAGAAGAGUGAGAGCCAGCCUAAAGAGGAGAAGGUUGAGGAGAAGACAGACAAACCAGAACCCAAGGAGAAGGAGAAGAGUGAGAGCCAGCCUAAAGAGGAGAAGGUUGAGGAGAAGACAGACAAACCAGAUCCCAAGGAGAGCAAGCCAGAGGAGAAUCCCAAGAAGACUGAGACCCCAACACCUGCCCCCUCUGCUGCCACCCCGGCCAAGCCUGCAGAGGAAAAGCCCGCCCCUGCCAAGGAGAGCCACGGCCCUGCUAAGAAAGAAGAGGAGAAACAAGCCAAAACAGAUGACACACCCCAGGUAGAGGUGAAGCCAGCCCCCAAAGAAUCACCACAGAAAACAGAGAGCACAAAGGAGGAGAAGAAACCAGAGCCCAAAGAGGAGGUGAAGAAGGAGGAUAAGAAGGAGGACAAGAAGGAGGCCUCUAAAGCAUCCGACAUUAAAGAGGCAAAGGAUACGAAGGAGGUAGGGAAGGCAGAGAAGGCCAAGAAGUCUUCUAGCACUGAAGUCAAAGACGAGAAGUCUUCUAGCACUGAGGUCAAAGACGAGAAGUCUUCUAGCACUGAGGUCAAAGACGAGAAGUCUUCUAGCACUGAGGUCAAAGACGAGAAGUCUUCUAGCACUGAGGUCAAAGACGAGAAGUCUUCUAGCACUGAAGUCAAAGACGAGAAGUCUUCUAGCACUGAAGUCAAAGACGAGAAGUCUUCUAGCACUGAGGUCAAAGACGAGAAAGCCAAGAAGUGAGUCACUAACACACUGCGUAUGAGCCAGGAGAAGAGAGAGACGCCAAAGAACUAUCGGGAGGGAUGGGAAGGGGGGGAAGGGACGCUACUGAAGACCUGAGCAACCUUUGUAAAGGGAAGCCAGAGCAUAGCAGAGCAGGAGACAAACAGUAAACAAACAAAGCAAUAGCUUCUCUCUAGUUACUAUCCCCGGGUACUCAACCCUGAUAUGAUGCUUCUUCUAAUCUAUGACUGUAGUGAAUGCAGAAUGCUCUAAACUCUAUCUGAAUUGUGUCUAUCUGACUGCCCGUCAAUAAUAACAAGUGCAUUAAAACAGCACCAUUGCCUUGGCUGGGAGCACAGCACAGGGCCAUGCACCUUCUGAAGCCUUCAAGGGUAGCGAUGUCAACAAAAUGUCUAUAAAAGAUUGUGAAAGAUGAAUAUAUUGUACUGUAUGUGUAUAUUUAUGAAGAUAUAAAUGCGUAUAUUAUAUUAACGACUAUAAAAAGCAGAGAAAGACUACAAACCUGCUCAUUGUGCAUCUUAAACAGCUCCCUGUCCGAUGGUUGUGCUGACUCACUGUGCUGUGGUCAGUAAUGAUACCUAGGCCAGUGAGGAGAACUCUGAAGUCAGGGAUGACUGUGCUAUGUAUAAACUGCUGAGAGUAUGCAAUACAAACUGAUGAACUAAUAAAGGUUAAAACCGAAA